GACUUCCGCCCGAGUGCCAACCACGUGAUCACGCGAUACUUGGGGAAGCCCUAAAUUAUAUAGAUCUGUGAUUGAAGAUGUUAUUAAUGAUGUGAGAGACAUAUUUCUGGAUGAAGGAGUAGAUGAACAAGUCUUGAUGGAAUUAAAAACGUUAUGGGAGAAUAAGCUAAUGCAGUCCAGGGCAGUAGAUGGAUUUCAUUCAGAAGAGCAGCAGCUUUUGUUGCAAGUGCAGCAGCAGCAUCAACCCCAGCAGCAGCAGCACCACCACCAUCACCAUCACCAGCAAGCUCAGCCACAGCAGACAGUUCCACAGCAAACGCAGACCCAGCAGGUCCUUAUUCCUGCAUCACAACAAGCUGCAGCACAGCAAGUUCUUGUUCCUGAUUCAAAGAUCAUACAGCACAUGAAUGCAUCAAACAUGAGUGCUGCUGCUACGGCUGCUACCUUGGCCCUCCCUGCAGGUGUGUCUCCUGUUCAACAACUACUAACAAAUCCAGGCCAGCUUUUUCAGGUGGUCAGAGCAGCCAACGGUGCCCAGUACAUUUUGCAGCCGCAACAGCCAGUGGUUCUCCAACAGCAGGUUAUACCGCAGAUGCAGCCUGGUGGGGUACAGGCUCCUGUUAUACAACAGGUAUUGGCACCUCUUCCUGGAGGAAUUUCCCCACAGGCAGGUGUCAUCAUUCAGCCCCAGCAAAUCUUAUAUACUGGAAAUAAGACUCAAGUUAUACCUACAACAGUGGCAGCACCCACGCCAGCACAAGCACAGAUAACAGCAGCUGGGCAACCGCAGCCGCAGGCUCAGCCUGCCCAGCCACAGGCUCCGUUAGUGUUACAAGUUGAUGGAACAGGAGAUACAUCCUCAGAAGAAGAUGAAGACGAAGAAGAAGAUUAUGAUGACGAUGAAGAGGAAGACAAGGAGAAAGACGGAACUGAAGAUGGGCAAGUGGAAGAGGAACCACUUAAUAGUGAAGAUGAUGUGAGUGAUGAGGAGGGUCAGGAACUCUUUGAUACAGAAAAUGUUGUUGUGUGCCAGUAUGAUAAGAUACACAGAAGUAAAAACAAGUGGAAAUUUCACCUCAAGGAUGGCAUUAUGAAUCUUAAUGGAAGAGAUUAUAUAUUUUCCAAAGCCAUUGGAGAUGCAGAAUGGUGAAGAAGUGCUUUUUUUUUUCUUUUCUAAAUAAAACAGACUUUAAAAAAUGAAGUGGACAAUUUGAAAUUUGGGACAUAUACCAACCAAAGCUUAACUUCUGCCUAUCAGAAAAGUGCAGUAGAAGC